GGCACUUUAUCAGAACGUGGUGAAACAGGCCCUAAUUAGAAUCGUAACAUCGUGUAGUGCAGACGCGUUCUCGGUUGUAUUCCACUGCCGUCAUUGAAGUCUCAACUUUAUACUGCGUGUGUUACGAACCAAUUUCCUUUGUACGCCAAAUAUAUAGGCUCGUCAAAGAGUAACAAGAAAUCAGAGGCGCAACAACAAGAAUGCUCGGAUCACCGAAUAAUAGUGGCAAGUGUGCUUCGAAUCCUGACAUCAGAAAGUCAGUUGAGGAUCAUAACGUGACCCUGCGUCCAAAACGAAAGCACACCGACGAUCUUGCGGAAACAAUUGAUGAAGUCACCUCGAAAGUCACAACUAUGAUGAACGACUGGAAGAACGAGUUGCAAGAUAAUUUCACUAAGAUGAAAAUUGAAUUUGAAUCUGUGCUGAAGGCUGACCUUGACAAACUAACGACAUCACUGAGUUCGUCCUUUGCUGAAAUUAAAACAGAAAUUAAUACAGUUCGCCAAGAAUACAAUGAAUUUAAAAAAUCCGUCCAUUCGCUGGAAUUGAAGCAUCAGGAGACCUCGAAAAAAAUCUCAGAUUUGGAAGACUCAUUACAAUUUUAUAGUAAUCAGCAGGAGACCACAAAUAAGAAAGUCGACGCACUCACAGUUGAAAGAAAGGCUAUACAAUCGCUGGAAGCUAGGAUACAAUCUCUGUCUAGUGAAAAUCAACUUCUACAAAUCGAGCUGAACCAAAACAACCAGAGAGAUAGAUUACUCAACCUAGAAAUCGUAGGUGUUAUAGAACAGAAGUCCGAAAACCUUCUCGAUAUCAUCCUAAGCAUCGCUCAGCACUCCGGCGUAUCACUAUUCCCGCAAGAUGUCCUGGAAGUUAACCGUGUCACCCCCAGAUCCAAGCAGCCAGGCCGCCCGAGGAACAUAAUCGUGAAGUUGAGGUCUCGCCUGCUAAAGGAUAAUAUGAUCUCCGGUGCCCGCAAGUCCCCGCUCACGGCCAAAGAUCUCGGCUUGACUGACAAUACUUCUAGAAUCUACGUCAAUGAACACUUGACUUAUCUCAAUAAACAACUGUUAAAGAAAGCCCGAGAUUUUGCGAAACAGCACAGUUUCAAAUACGUGUGGACAAAAAACGGAAGGAUCUACGUAAGGAAAGAAGACACGAAACCGGCCUUUCAAAUCACGCAGGAAAAGGACCUUCUCAAAAUCCGAUAACGUGUUACGGUAUUCUACCAAGUACUUUUUUUACUUUCCUAUACUUUUUAGUUAACAACUUAAGGCUUAAUUUUUCCUUUCAUCUCAAUAAGCCUUUAACAAUAAUCUUAAACUACUACAUAACAACAUAUUUUGUAAAAUCAACUCUCAGUAUAUGGUCAUUAAUUUUUCGCAUUUGCGAGUCUAUUCUUACUUACUCUUUGACUCGAUGCAAAAAAAUAUGCAUUGCAAAUGACUUGCACCUUUACAAGAUUAACGAUACGCUAACAAGGUGCGCGCUUUUUCUCUGGAUUGACUUAGCACAUUAUAUGAAAAACAGUCGUUUUGUUUCU